AUGAACAGCCACUCCCAAACACAACCAAUACAGCCCGCACAACAGCAGAAAUUCUUGCGCUACAGAUCGGUUCGCAAGAAUGCUGUCAAAGAGCCUACGCCUGAAAGUCCCCCCCCUCUCCCCCAACCCUCACAAACUUCCUUAACGAGACUUCCCUCGAGGUAUCAUCGCAGGCUCCCACCUGCGACUGAAGCAUCUUUGCCCCCAAAAAUACCGGAGACUAUUCACCAACGUGGUCAGACUACAGCUCUACGGUCCACGGAUCUUGAUGAGGCCCAACCGAGUGAUCAGCGACUCAGAAAUCGCAACAACGAUGGUCGGAGAAUUAAUAUCGAAUAUGGACAGCGACCACGCGCCAGAGAGACUCGAGGUCGAGACAAUUCACACAAGCAUACCUCGAGUCUGGAAUCACCGCAGACCGACGAUCUUCGAAAGUCCUCUGAGGCUGCCCGAGAAGAGGCGCGACUGAUUCUAGAAGGCAAAGCAGAUCGUCUAGAGGCUUUGCGCAGGCAAGAGGCCAGACGUCGGCGGGAACAACAGGAGCUGCGCGACCAACAGCGAGAACAGAAACUGGUCGAGGAAGCUCGCCUGCGUGAAGCAGAAACGAAGAAGGGUGUGACAACCAGGGUGGCAGCAUCUCAUAAUGAGCAUGGUGGCGUUAGAAAAGGCACCGAGGCUGAAGCGACAGCGCAACCACUACCACCCGACUACAAAAAGUCGAAAUCACGUACGCUGGUCAUUGGGGGACCCCCUCCUUCAAAGACUGUGAAUCAUCAUCGUCGCGCCUCAUCUUCCGUGGAGCAACGCCAGCCUCCACCGACGACUCACGCUAAAACCACCAGUCUUGAAAGGAUGGAUACGGCUCGAAAAGCCACGCCACCUUCUAGUGUGCCAAACGUGCCAAAUAUUGACGCUCCAAUAUCGGCUGUCAAUGCUGGUGAAAGACAUGUGGGCGUCAAGUGUAAGGAAGCAUUCGUCACUCUCCCCAUCACACCCUCCACCACGACCAAAGACAUUUUGCACUCUGCAUCGGUUAGCAUGUCAGAGCCGAUUGACCCUCGAACAGCUGUCCUUUUGGAAUCAUUCUCGCGGCUCGGACUUGAGAGACCAUUACGGAGGUAUGAACGAAUCCGAGACGUGAUGAACUCUUGGGACAAUGACAACCAGAACCAUCUCUUCAUUAUGACCGCGACUGAAUGUGCUUGGCCCGGACUUCAGGAAGGUGACGUACCCACUCAACAACCCUCCGGGACCACCGUUCAAAUAUAUCACUCCCGAAAACCCAGGAAAUGGGACAAAAGGCUGUUGAAACUACGAGCGGACGGCCAAAUCACCACAUCAAAAAAUGAAAGUGGCACCGAUUCGACCAACAUCUGCCACUUAUCAGACUUUGACUUGUACACCCCGACACAGAAGCAAAUGAAGAAACUCAAACCUCCCCAAAAACUCUGCUUUUCCUUGAAAAGUCAGGAAAAGUCCUCGAUGUUCCUUGAUGGAGCUAAUUUCGUGCACUUCUUCUGUACCAAGGACAAAGCAGUCGCCGAUAAAUGGUAUCAAGCCGUCCAUUCCUGGCGGAGCUGGUACCUAGUCAAUAUGCUUGGUGAAGGUCAACCAAAACAAAACAAGACCGAUCUUGCAUUUAGUAUGGGGCUACAAUCCGGUGGUAGCAACAUGCCGGGGACGGCGCAGUCGAAAGAUCCAUUGCCCUAUGCCUGUGGCUCUUCUAAGCCUCUGCUUGACUUUGGCCCGUCGAGACCCAGCCUUGAGGGUGGAGGAGGAACUCGAAGGCCAGGAGAAUUGGAUUUCCUCGGUCUCAGUCGGUCAUCACAAAGCGAUGGUUCGAGACCUCCGCUCCUUGAUCUCGUCUCGGAGAGACAAAGUUCUGAGAGUGGCGGUGCUGGUGUCGGCAAACCCCAGGGGAGUCCUCGACAUGUUUCCAAUCAACCACCGUCAGGUCCUCCCCCUACCGCCUUCCCGCGCGGAUUCAUGCUCGAGUCAACUGUUCAGGCCAACACUGCUACUCCGGAUGAUCCGGACGCUAGUCCCUUCACAGGUACCGGGCUUCUUGCCCGUAGUGCAAGUCGUCGAUCGCAAGGAGGGUCGAGCACGGGCCGUGGCGUGCCAGGCAUCGAGGGAAAGCCGUUGGUUGAUUUGCAACCGGCAAGUGAGUUUACAGAUGGUAGCCUCCUGAGGAAAAUGGAGGCCACCUCCUCUCGGCACGGGGUUUUGGGACCGAAGAUUGACCGGCAGAAGGGAAGAGAGGUGAAUGUCUCAGUAGGAGAGGGGUUUGGUUGA